AUGAGACGCAACCCUUCUGUUGCUGUACGCAAAGCUGAAGCAACGAGCUUAAAUAGGGUGUCUGCCUUUAACAAAGAAGAAAUAACUCAUUUCUAUAAUAUGCUUGGUGAUCUGAUGGAGAAGCAUAGGUUCUCUCUCAAUAACAUUUACAAUGCUGACGAAACAGGAAUCACAACCGUCACAGAUCCAGGAAAAGUGCUUGCAAAAAAAGGCCAACGUAGAGUAGGGGCAGUUACGAGCGGCGAACGAGGCACAAACAUUACAGUUAUGUGUGCCAUGAGUGCGUCUGGGAACUACAUACCACCAAUGUUCAUAUUUCCUAGACAGAGAAUGACACCAUUAUUAGAAAAAGAUGGACCACCUGGUGCAUUGUACACCAACUCCAAGAACGGCUGGAUAAAUGAACAAUUAUUUGUCGACUGGCUUCAACAUUUUGCAGCAUAUGUCAAGCCUACGCAAGAAUCUCCUGUGCUGUUAAUACUUGAUAACCAUAGCAGUCACAUCUCGCUUCCAGCUUUUAACUAUUGCAAAGAAAAUCACAUCGUAGUACUUUCGAUCCCACCACACAGCUCUCACAGAACACAACCUCUUGAUGUGUCUUUUUAUGGACCCCUGAAGGCUGCUUAUAGACACGAAUGCAACAGGCACAUGAAGACACACUUGAUGGCUAAAAUAACUCCAUAUGAUGUUGCAUGUUUAUUCAACAAAGCAUAUGCACAAGUUGCAAAUAUAAGCCAGGGAGAAGCUGGAUUCCGAGCCACGGGAAUAUACCCUUUGAAUCCAAAUAUUUUUACCGAGCAAGACUUUUUGGCAGCAUCGCUGAUGGUUCAAGAUUCAAACCAACCUACUCAAAACGAAGAUGAAAAUGUCGGCAAUCUUGGAGGUGCAUAG